AUGCCUAUUACUAUUAAAAAAAUAGUCGACAAUGUACGUUCUAUUAUAGGUGUUCGUCUUCUUGAUGUUAUGCUCGAUCGAGAUGUUGACUUAUUACCGUACAUUGGAUGGGAUGGUGAUAUAUCAACUUUGGAUACAAUCAAACAGAAAUUAAUCGAAGCACGUAUUACACUCGAAAGUGCAUCGAUUCAAAGCAAAAAAGAAUCCGUAGUUGAUAUUGAAAAACUUUGUGAAAAAAUUUCCUAUCGAGCAGGUGGUGAUGCGAAAUUUGAUAUGAUGAUGAGUAUCAUACGCACAUAUCGUUAUGUAUUGAAUGAGCAUGAAAAAGCAAAUGAAAUCGAAAAUAAAAUGCAAAAGGAUCUUAAGACUGAAAUGAUUAGUGCAACGACAGAAGAACGACAAGCAUUACAACAACAAUGCCAAGCUAACAAUUUGAUAAUCACAAGUGAUGAAGAUGAAUCAUUAGGCGACUUCAAUGAAUAUGCUUGCUACAAACUUCACUUUAAAGGAUUAGCAAAAACUCAACGACUGGAAAAGAUGAGAAAUAUAAUGGCGUCGUUGGGUGAAGUGCCAAAUGCCUCUGACGUACCCUCUACACCAUCAUCAUUAUCAUCAUCAGCAUCAUCAUCAUCGUCAUCACUAGUACUUGCACCAGUAGUGAUAAAGACACGCAGAAUGUGUUCGUCUGCAGAAAAAUCAUAUCCCAAGGAUGAAGACUAUGAUAUGAUAGGUUUCGACUAUUUUGAUGAUGGUAUGUCAACAGCUUCCUACUCGGCACCUCAAAAAAUGCUUGCACACGAAGAGCGAUCGUCGAAAGUACAGCUGGAAUCUGACGAUGAAGACGAUGAUCAUGGGUUAGACAUAUUCGGUGAUUAUACACCAGCAACUUCAUACUCAGCAUCUGGUGAGUCAUGGAAAUUUUAUGAAACACGAUUUAAAAAGAACGUUGAAGUAUUUAAAUUAGAAGCUAUAUCAGAACUUCUUUCUUAUUUAUAUUUGGAGAGGAUUAUGCAAAAUCAGAUUGAAGAAGUGUUUUCCAAGUAA